GCGGAGGGCCAGGACCGGGCGCCCCGCUCCGUCCGCUGCGCCUGAGUCCCUGGGCCUGCUGGGGAGGGGGGGGGGCGCGCAUCCCGCCGCGGGCGGUGCGAGGCCGAGGGGACCCGGCAGCGGAGCGUGAGGACCAGACACCCCCGCGAUGACCAGUUCCCCCGUCUCCAGAGUCGUCUACAACGGCAAGAGGAACAGUAGCCCCCGCUCUCCCCCCAGCAGCAGCGAGAUCUUCACCCCGGCCCAUGAGGAGAAUGUGCGCUUCAUUUACGAAGCCUGGCAGGGAGUGGAGCGAGACCUGCGGAGCCAGAUGUCGGGCAGCGAGCGGGGCCUGGUGGAGGAGUACGUGGAGAAGGUCCCCAACCCCAGUCUGAAGACCUUCAAGCCCAUCGACCUGGGUGACCUGAAACGCCGGAGCACGCCUGACGCCAAGAAGUCCUGAAGCUGGUGUUCCCUCCCCACCCCCCCCACCCCCUGGGUGCCACCCGAUGUCGGUCUCCCGUGGGCUCAGUUCCUGGGAGGGGGAGGGGCCGUGUGCCCAGGAGGCUGUCAACCCCAGGACCGGGAGGGGCACGAUUGGUGGCCAAGGCCUGCCCUUCCUCCCUGAGCCCCCUCCUUUCCUCCUAGGGGGUCUCGAGCUGCCCCUGCCCCUGGGCGGGUCUGGGCCCUGCCAGCCCCCGCUCUCCCUGUAGUUGUCUCCUCGGAGCUGCCUGCCCCCACCCCAGGGCCUCGGCUCUGACUCCCCUCCACCUCCCGUCACCUUCCAUUGCCCCCACCCCCUGCCCCCCCGGCCACUUCCAAGGUCACGAGGGAGACCUGGGGGGCCUGUGCCGUCUCCCAGGCUGGUGGUACUGGGCUGGCCUUGGCCCUGAAGUGGCCAGGAGGCAGGACAAGGGUGGCCCUUCCAUACCUGUUGUAUUCCCUACCAACUCCUGCUGCUUCUCUGGCCUGGACACGUUGGGGAGCAUCUAAUUCUUCACCCCACUGUCCAGACUGGCCCUGUCCUUCCCUGCAUCAGCUUCGGGUUGGCACCAGCCCUCUGGGCCUGGGAUGCUGCGAGCACCCGCUCAAAAGGGGUCCUGGGCAACCAGGCCUAGCCCCUUGUUGUCUGUGGCCCUGUGGCCACAGCAGCCCCCUUGGGCAGGGGUAUGAGGCUGGCCUUGGCCCUGUGCUGUGUGCUGGGACGGUCACCAGGGCCCCCCUUUCUUCCUGUGCUCUCCAAAAGCCAAGUGUCUGUGACUGAAGCCCAAGGACCAGUGAAUAAAGGCGGGUGGCGCUGGA